GUUUCUAACCAUUGAGCGGGGCUUCUGGUGAUGCGGUGAGUGACAAUGGACUGCUCCCUUUCCGAUGACGGCGAUAACUGGUCAGAUGCGUCAUCGGAUGAUGACGAAAUGCACCCUGCCCUGCGGAAGGGCAGCUCCUUCCGCAUCCUGCUUUUCGGCCUUAUUCUGGGAAUGAGAUUCUGUUUGCCGGUUCCCAACUCGUACAACACGAUUGCCUUCAUCUUCGCCGCAGUCAACCGGCUGGCCACCACGCUGUAUCGCGGGCAGCGUCCAUUUCUCCCCCCUCAAUUCGAGUCGGCUGACUAUCUGAAGAGGUUUGUCGACGGAGGAGACUACAAGAGUGACGACUUCAUCAUCCGUCCGCGAUUUACGGAGCCGCUGAGGCUUCACACGCUUGAUGUUGUUCGUCUGCUGCGACAGGUGGUGCGUAAUCGAUCUGUCAUGGAGCAGUGGGUGCACGCACAGCCGCCGAACGACGCUGCUGCACCACCAGAUGCCGACCGCACCUUCGGCGGUCUGUUCGACGGCUUCGCUUACCAUCGCCACCCCAUCCAUCGACGGGCGGCUGCAGUGGACGUGGGAGGACAGUCGCCACCGCCUCUUGUUGUGCUCUUCGGCUUUUCCAACGACGGGUUCACUCCCGGUCGGUGGAGGGCGGCCGCCACCUCCCUCGAAAAUUGGCUUCUGCUGGUCGCCAACAUGCCCAUCCCGCUCCGUUACGCCCUGAUGAUGAUCUAUGCGACAGAGCCGACAGAUGGGCUGUGGGAGGACGAGGAGGGCAAGGCCGGUGGGAUGGUGGCGCUCUCGGAGCGACUCGUCGAGGUGCUGCGAGUGCUGUGGGAGGGGGUGGUGAUGGAGGUCUACAAUGUCGAGACGGAGCGGCUGGAGCUGAGGACGGUGGUGGGUGCCCUGCUCUACUACGCCGCCGACAUGCCAGCAAUGGGCCAGCUCCUGCGCGUCAACGCAUUCGCGUCUGCGGAGGCGUGCUGCUACGGGUGUGACUUCAAGAAGAAUGACCUCCAAUACGCAGCCGCGUUCCGCAUCGUUGAGGAAGACGACCUCAUCGGUGGUGCAGCGUUUGACCGACGUAUCGACCGGCAUGCGUGCGCCCGACAGACAGGGCCUUCAGCAAGACGACCGGCGUCAAUGGCGUGACGCCAUUCCGGCGUCUGCCGGGGUCUGCGCCGGUGCGAGAGAGGAUCGAGGAGUAAGCAUGAGGUGACUCCAUGCUUUCUGGCAUGUACUCCGCGUGCAAGGGACCCACUUUGUCUGUCUUCCCCUCCCCCCGGCACAACGAGUCUUCAGACGCUUUCGAACUGCAAUUUGCGCGAGUGUGCAACUGCCAUAUUGUCUCCUACCUAUGAACAUUGACCCAUUGAAGCUUGUCUUUUGAAGCCCCCUCCCCCGUUCAAGGGGGAGAGGGCGACAUUGCAUGGUCCACAAGGCAUCUGACUUCACACGAUGUGCCUUCACUGCAAUCACCCAUCAAAAACAG